CCUUCGUUUCUACAAUCUUCGCUUGAGCAAACUUCUAUGUUUAUGCAAUUUCAUAAUGAGCCUUGUACGACCUGUACAAACAUUGUCACUAAAUUCAUGUGCAACAUCGAUCGAGAAACUCUUCGAAUAAAACUUUCUGUACGACAUUAUCCAGUUAUAACUGGUUUAUAUAUUGAAUGGGAUCUAUUUAAACUGGUUAUGGUAAUUUUAUGUCGAAUGCGGUGUUGUGCAAUAUCGAUAUCUAAUCCAGCGAUAUCUAUAGUUAGCGAUUUUUAUAUUCUAACGCUAACGUU